AAGCGCCGCGCGACGGAGCGCUCGCGGACGACCUGCGGCCGCGCCUCCAGGGGCUGGGGGUCGGUCACGCGGGGACUGCGUGCGGCGCCGCCACUCCCACGCCGCCUGGCCAGGGGUUGCCGGGUCGCGGGCCCUCGAGGUCGCCCCCAGGUGCCACACGGGACUAGCGACGGACCUCGGCCUGCACAUGGCACAGUGGUGCUCAGGAGGAAUGGCGGUUGCAGGCAGCUUGCUUGGACUGCUGCGGCGGCAGCUGGUGACGGGGGUCAUGCCUGCGAGCCGCUGCUUGCGUACAUCCCCCCGCCAGGCUGACAGCAGCAGAGCCGCACUCACUCGUGUGCGCAGACAAGCCUAUGCACGCCUCUACCCUGUGCUCUUGGUCAAGCAGGAUGGCUCCACCAUCCACAUCCGCUACCGGGAACCCAGACGAAUGCUGGUGAUGCCCAUGGACCUGGAUUCCCUGUCCCCAGAGGAGAGGCGGGCACGGUUCCGCAAACGUGAGGCCCAGCUCCAAGGGAAGGAGGAGCCAGAGUUCCUUGACGAUUUUGACUUGGAGCAGUACAAGCAGUUUUGGACCAAGAAGUGACCAUGCCCACAGCUGCCCUGGCUCAGGAUGCUGGAGAGAGGGAGGGGCAUUCAUUUUUAAAUUGAGUAUCAGUGUUGUAAAUCCACCUUGUCU